AAAGUUUAAAACAAGACAGGACCUUUCGUCGGCUGGAAAAGAAUAAUGGAUAAUCCAUUUAUCUUGACCCCAGCCUAAAAAAAUGAAGUUUGUCUAUAUUAUUAAAGAAAAUACUCCUUUCCUGUCCAACUCCACAAAAUGGCGGCGAAGGACGACGCUAACUACACCAACAGCUCCGUCGAAGAGAUUCGCGAUGAGGUCAACAGGGUCAUUUCCAUUGAGCUGAUCCCGGUCAUGGUCUACCUGGGACUUCUCAGCCUCUUCGGAGGCAUCGGCAAUCUCCUCGUCUGCUUCGUUUACUACUCUCGCCUGCGGAUGAGCACGCAGCACUUCCUCAUCAUCUGCCUGGCGCUCUUUGACCUCCUGACCUGCUUCUUGGUCAUACCCUUCGAGAUCAACGACCUCAGCCACUACUUCAACUUCACCCAAGAGGCCGUUUGCAAGACACUUCGCUACGUCACCCACUUCUACUUUGCAUCCAUCCUCACGCUUAUAGUCAUCGCAAUAGACAGGUACAGAAAGGUGUGUCGACCCUUCAAACCGCAGAUGACCAUGCGGAACGUCAAGAUCGCUUUGGCCAUUAACCUGCUCCUCACCAUCGUCCUCGCUAUCCCUGCUGGGGUCAUCUACGGCAUCCGGACGACAGUCACGUUCGUCACGGUGGCGUGCCGGGUACAGACUGCUCCACCCACGACGGCAUGCGGCCCACCCCGUUCCCGCUACUGUACAACUCCUUUCUCUUCGUCGCUUUCAUCGAAGCAGAAUUUACUCCCCUCCCAAGCUAGAAAUCAUCAGGAAACGAUGGACAAAACAGAUCCCCGACUGUCAGCUAGUAAAAUCGUGACUAUCAGUGACAAAUGUGAUGUCAUCCGCCGCGACAGUAGUCCAGUCAAACUCACUCUCGUCAGGAGGCUCACUAGCUUCCUGGGAGCCAACAGCAACAGCAGGAGGAAGAGGAGAAAAAGCAGCGAUGCCAGGAGGCAAAGUUUGGACGGGUUGCGAACCCCCCGCAAGCUGCGGUCCGCGCCCUCCAUCUCCUCCCGCACCACCACCAAAGCCACCAUCAUCGCCUUCUCCGUCACCGUCGUCUUCGUCCUCAGCUUCCUGCCGCACCUGUCGCUGCUCACCGCCCGCAUCGUGCUGGGCGACUUCGACAAGACUCUGCGCGGGGCCAACCUCGUCUUCUACAACAUCUUCCUCCGCUCCUACUUCGUCAACUCGGCCUCCAACCCCAUCAUCUACGGCGUCUUCAAUCGACGGUUCCGGGCGGAGUGUGUGUCCUUGUUCUGCUACCUCCUGACCUUUGGGAGAAAGCAAGUGGAGGUCAGUGAAAGUCUCAGUCACUGAGUCACGUGACUUCGGAAGAAAACUUUGUGAAAGUCAACGAUAGUCUCAAUGAGCAACGGGAAGUCACUGCUGACACCAGAGGCGGGACAAGGGUCAAAGCCAGGGAUUGUGCAAAAAAUGGGGAAGGGGUAUGUCGUUGGUAUAAAGUCAUCGUGUGAAGAAAGGAUUCUUGUGUUCCCUAGUCCUAGCAACAGGCAAAGCUCUCUGAAGUUUCAGUCCUUCUCUCGGUCUGUGUCCCGUUCCAUACCUUAAGCCCCAGAAAGCUCACAGAUGCUUGGCUUGACUUUAUUAUGCGAACAGAAGAAAAAAGGAGACUUGUCUGAUAAACUUGCAACGUGAGCCGUUACAAAUACUCAGUGUGGUGAGUUUCUUUCAUUCCAUCCAAAGAAAUCUGACGGUAGAGAAAUGUGCUAUAAAUGUGGUGCUACGUGUUCCUUCCAGAACGAGGCUAGUCUCGGAAAUGCUUGACGACUCAUAGGAGGUAACAAGGUAACGGUCUUCUCAGCCUCACGGCAGUUGAGGCACCAGAGCGUGUUCAUGGCCAGCCAGGUAAAGGUGGAUCUGGAAAUGUAGGGAGAGCUUUUCAGUCACCGAGAACUGACCUCUAGAGUCGAGGUCCCUGACCACCGUGCUAUGGAGCUUUGUUGAUGCAGGAGAUUCAGUUUUAAUAGACCUUUGGCAUAUUUCUUCUUCCUCUUCUUGAACGCUUCAGUGCACGGGUCUCGGUGGAAGAACAUUGUAUGGAGACAUUGUAUUUGUCUGGUGAAAAACACACCCUUUAGAAAGAAUAAUUAACUGAAAUUCAGAAUUUAAGGAAAGUUCGUUUUAUUUGUUAAUUUUUAUGUAAAAAUACUCUUUGGUGAUAUUUAAAAUAUAUUAAUUGUAAUCCUUUUUUUGAUAUUGUGUCGA